UUACACACAAACUUCUUCUAGCUUUGCUUCUCUCUCUCCCCCAAACAACAACAAACUCCAUGGCCUCAACACCAUCUCCUUCCUUCUCCUCCACUCUUCCUCCACUCAAAACCCACACCAACUCAUCCAAACCUAAAAAACCCCACCGUCACCUUCAACUCUUUGCUGCAUCAUCAUCAUCACCAACCUCUGAACCUUCACCCAAGCAACCAAAACGCACACCCGGUGUUGACACCAGAAUCCACUGGGACAACCAAGAAGAAGGCUGGCUCGGUAAAAAGUCCAAGCCUCAAAACCCAAAAAAAAGUCAAACUCAAACUCAAACCAAACAAUAUCUUGGUGAACAUUUUGCUGAUCUUAUCAACAAUUCCUCAGCCACUCACUAUCAAUUCUUGGGAGUAACGCCAGAAGCAGACGUAGAAGAGAUAAAAGCAGCAUACAGAAAACUAUCAAAAGAGUACCAUCCAGACACCACAACACUUCCAUUGAAGACUGCUUCUGAGAAGUUCAUGAGACUUAGAGAAGCUUACAAUGUGCUUAGCAAUGAAACUAGCCGGAGGUUCUAUGACUGGACUUUGGCUCAGGAGGAAGAGAGCCGGAGAGAAGAGAGGAUGAGGAUGAACCUGGAAGAUCCUUAUAGACAAGAUAUAAAAAACAGAGUUCCUGUGCCUGAUAUGGUUGAUAGACUUGGUGGGAAGAAUAUGGAGCUCAGUGACCAAGCUUACACUGCUCUCACUAUUGAUAUUUUCAUUAUCUUCUUUUGUGUUUGUUGCUUUGUUUAUGUUGCUUUCUUCAAAGAACAGUACUGAGUUUGUGUGUUUUCUAUGUGGCUCUGUUUUUUUUUUCCUCUGUUUUCCUUUGUGAAUUCUACAAGAUUGGAUACAAAAAAACCAAGUAUAGUGUGUAUGUUUAUAGACAAUUUAGAGGCUCAAUGAAAUGUCUUUUGAUUCUGUA